GUUAUUUUGUUUCUGAGAGACGAAAGUCUAUCUCUAAUUUAUCUAUGGAUUGUAAGUUUCAAUUUUAUAAUAAUAUAGCCGGUAGCAGAUAGCUUAGAAAAUUCAAACUAAUGACUUAAAACAAUUUUAACAAUUACGAUGAUUGUUCUAAAAUCUUUUACCUGUUUUCUAUUUAUAUUGAAUGUGAUGGGCAGCCAUGACGUUGAAGUAAAAUCCGAAGAAGACUUAGGGGUCAAGUACGCUAAUAGAUGCGAAGUAUGCAAAAUAUUAGCAACAGAAUUGCAAAGCCGGCUAGAAGAAACCGGCAAAGUGCACGACGUAAUUGAAAUUGGAUAUUCUCUAGAUGACGUUAAGCCAAAGAAGAGGACAAAGUAUGAAAAGUCUGAACUUCGGCUAAUUGAGUCAUUGGAUGGUGUUUGUGAAAAAAUCCUCGACUAUAAUAUUCAUAAGGAGCGAGAUGAUAGUACGAGAUUUGCGAAAGGUAUGAGUCAAACUUUUAAAACUUUACAUGGCCUUGUUGAUAAAGGUGUAAAAGUUGAUUUGGGAAUACCUUUAGAGUUAUGGGACAAACCGUCAGCAGAAAUAACUCAUAUGAAAACUCAAUGUGAAAGUCUUUUAGAAGAGAAUGAGGAAGUAAUUGAAGACUGGUAUUGGAAGCAACAAGGGAAUGUUGAUUUAAAAAUCCACUUGUGUACAAAACAUGCAUUGAGAAACACAGAUGAUUCCUGUUUGUUCGAAGAGCUUAAACAGAAAGGAGACAGUGCUAAAGCUAAGACAGAAUUGUGAUUACUAUUUUUAAGUAAUCUAAGUGAUUUAUUUAUCACCAAUUACAGCAAGUACUACUAGGCAUUUAUUAUUUUUUAAUUGGUGUGUACUUUACUUUUUGAUGCAUUAAUUAUGUGAUUAUGUAAUUUGAUGAUUUAUAAGCUUUCUGUUUGAAAGGUAUCCUAUCCUUUCUUGCAUGGAAUAAUUUGAUAGAAUAACUUGUAUUAUUAUCUAUCAUCUAUAAAAACUGGUUUACUCAUUUACAUAUAUUGAUUAUGCAUAUAUAGUAAUCCCCAGUACAAUGCGGUGGACCUGUUAUAGGAUAUUGCAUUUAAUAAAGUUAAGUUUAAUUUUAAAACAAUUGAAACAGAUGCAAAGGUACUCAAAACUAAUUACGGUCUUGACAAAUCAUUAUAAAUUUCAUACUACAGAAAUAUAAUCUGAGGAAUCUUCACAUUAUAGGGGGGAACUUUUUAAGUACAAUUUUAUACCAAAAUAUUAAAAAUAUACUUUGUA